AUGAACUGUAAAAGCCAAACAGGCUGCGUUAGCUUCACUGUAAUGACGUUAGCCUGCUGGAUGUUUUUUUCUGCCGUUAAUGAUUUUGGAUACUGGGGACCGACAUCCAUGAGCCUCUCCGAUCUUUUGAAGCACAGCCACCGUGACCUCCUUGAAUUCAGCCCCAGUACCGGGCAACCCUGAAGGAAGUGGUGACCCUGCCCUCCUGACACCCUGAUUCCCCCUGCCUCCCUCCCCAAAGUCAUUGCCCCGCUUCCCACCAUCCUGACUGGGUGCCCGUGCUGCCGGCGGUGGAUUAGAGCCCUCUGAUUGGAGGCUUUGCGAGGUGGUUUUUCGGUCUGGCGCCGCCUCCCCCAGGGGCCGGCGUGCGCUCCCAGCAGCCCGUGGUGCCCUGCGCCCCCCCCCUCCCCAUCACUGCACACCAGAGCCAAUGCCCAAGGAGGAGGCGCGGUCCGUCCGCCAGGAGCCAUGUGCCUCCCUCACACCAACAACAUGGAGAACAAGUUACAGGGGGCGGCGCAGGGGGGAGGGGCUACACUACGGUCACGGCCAGGAGGCGUCCCACUGGAGCCCUUCAUACACCAGGUGGGGGGUCACACCAGUAUGAUGCGUUAUGAUGACCACACGGUGUGUAAGCCUCUGAUCAGCAGAGAGCAGCGCUUCUACGAGUCUCUGCCUCCAGACAUGAAGGAGUUCACUCCGGAGUAUAAAGGUGUGGUGCUGGUUUGUUUCGAGGGCGACUCUGACGGCUACAUCAACCUGGUGGCUUACCCGUACGUGGAGAGCAACAUGGAGGGAGGGCCCGGCGAGCACGAAGAGCGUGACCCCCCCGAGAGGGAGCAGCCGCGGAGGAAACACUCCCGACGCAGCCUCCACCGCUCUUCCUCUGAACACAAGGAGGAUCGGCCCGACAGGAGGGAGUCACAUGACCCAGAGGCCUCUGAUAAUCUUGCAGAGCUGAAGAGUCCGCGGCUCGACCCGAAGCUGCACUCGGACGUUCCCUUCCAGAUGUUGGACUGGAACAGCGGUUUGAGUUCAGAGAAGAUCAGCCACAACCCCUGGAGCCUGCGCUGCCACAAGCAGCAGCUCAGCCGCAUGAGGUCCGAGUCCAAGGACCGCAAACUCUUUAAACCAGAGUUUCUGCUGUUGGAGAACGUGGUUCAUCACUUCUCCUACCCCUGCAUCCUGGACCUGAAGAUGGGCACCAGGCAGCACGGAGACGACGCCUCCGAGGAGAAGGCGGCCCGGCAGAUGAAGAAAUGUGAACAGAGCACUUCAGCCACGCUGGGAGUCAGAGUGUGUGGCAUGCAGGUGUUCCAGCUGAGCACCGGUCACUACCUCUGCAGGAACAAGUACUACGGCCGCGGCCUGUCAAUCGAAGGCUUCCGCGAGGCGCUCUUCCAGUACAUGCACAACGGGAAGGGUCUGAGGCAGGACCUCUUUGAGCCGAUCCUGAAAAAGCUGCGCAGCCUGAAGGAGGUGCUGGAGAGGCAGGCGUCCUACCGCUUCUACUCCUCUUCACUGCUCAUCAUCUAUGAGGGAAAGGAACCUGAGCGUGCAGCGUCCCACCAGAAGACUCCCGCGGCCCCCGCAGAGCCGCAGUGUGCCCCCAGCCCCCACGCACCCCCAGCCCCAGGCGCUCCCUGUGAAACGGUCAUGAGCAAGAACCCAGACCCGGGGCCUCAAUCCUCUCAGGGGCCUGCUUCCGCUCAGGGACCUGGACUGAUGGCCUCCCCCUCCCCUCGUCCCCCCCCACAGGCCCCACCCUCCAAGUCAGACUGCCACUCUUUCCUUCCCCCUCUCCCUUCGCCUCACCCCAUACAAAAAUCCUCCUCCCCAGCUCUCAACUUAAGCUCCUGCCCCCCCCCUCCACCUCCUCCUCCACCAGCCCCCCGGCAGCCACCCCCCCUGGUGGACGUUCGUAUGAUCGACUUCGCCCACUCCACCUUUAAGGGUUUCCGCGGCGACACGGCGGUGCACGACGGGACGGACCGGGGCUACGUGUUCGGACUGGAGAGCCUGGUCAAGAUCCUGGAGAGCCUGCAGGACGACAACCUGCCGUAGCUCCCAACACACACACAGACACACAUAUACACACAUAUACACACACACACACACACACACAGACACACACAUUUGUUGUGAGUUAGUUCAGGUCGUGCGGUCGUGUUUUCUAGAGAACUGAAUUGGUUUCGCUGUAAAUAUGGACUGAGGUUCUUGAGGGCGUCACCAUGGCAACGCGGGCAUUCUACAGUUGAGUAGUUACUAUAGCAACAGCCAGGAGGCGGGACAGUGGAGCCAAAAUGGCUGCAACCUAAAGCUCAUAUGAAGAAACCUUUGCAAAACACACACCUUUGUACUUCUACACUUGUGAGGACCUACAUUAGCAUAAUGCAUUUCGUUCUACAUAACCUACAGUUCACCCGAAUAUCUACCAAUUUUUCCUUCUCAGCCACACUGCUUUUUUUCAAUCUUGAUUGUUUUGGUUUAAGUAGCCGAGUUAUGGAGAUAUCCAUAACGAAAGAUGUCUGCCUUAUCUCCAAUGUAAUGGAACUACAUGGCCUGUGGUGCUAAAAGUGCCGAGAUCUGCAAUGUCUCUUUUCACUAAUCAUAUUGUUUCAUCUAGGUACUUUUUCUUUCUACCGAAGUACUCCUGCCAACCCUCAUCCUUUAUUAGAUACAUGCCUCAACUAUACGAUGAGAGGCUUGUGUGCGAUGAUACAGUUGGCGGAUGUAGUUUGGUAAAAAGGAAUUAGUUCCUACAUUAAACUGCUAUCAACAUGGUCUUUGGAUUAUCUUGAGGAUCAUGAGUUUUCAAAUAUAUUUUUGGCACUUUUAAUGCCAUCUAGUUUCAUUACACUGGAGAGUAGGCAGACAUCUCUCACGCUUCAACACCAAAACAAUCUGCAUUGAUUUAUAGCACCACAGCUGAGACUUGUUAGAGUCCCCUUGCACUCGCAAAUGUGCUUCUCUUCUUCACCGUGAAGUUCUUGCUUCACUGUGAGAAUGAUAUAUGUGUUUGACACCAGAGGGAUAUUUUAACAUAUAUCUGCAACAGAAGGAGGGUGCUCUGUGCUUUCCUUAAAUCUGAGUUUUAAGAUGUGUACAUGUGAGUUUCUCAACUGGUUCGGAGCCAGUCCUGAUUCAAUAAAAGGGACAAGUAGUAGAUGUAGGUGACUGAAUUUUAAUGAGGCCUUUUUUGUAGAAAAAACACACAGAAAUUACUCUUCAAAGCGGAUCACUUCUAUGUCUUAAAAUCUGUUGUAGGGGGUCUUUAAACUAUAGAAAGGAACAAAGCAGAUGAAAGUGAAAAACAUGCUUCCUGUGUCAAACUCACAUAGGUUAUUCUGCACAGUGAGGAUGAAACAUCGAGUGAAAUAAAAACACUGAAACACACACACACAAGUCAAGGGGGUUUCAUAAUACCACUUCACACUUUGAAGGAUGAGAGGACCAUCCAAAAAACAUCCUUAUUCCCAAGGUUGAACAUUUCAAUUGGUCCUGAUUAAGAUAUACAAACAACCGCACUCUAUACACACACACACACACACACACAUACACACACACACACAGACACAGACAUCCUGGGAAAAGUUGUCUGUGGACAGAGCGUCCUCUGCGCGACCAAUCAGCUGCAUCCCAGGGGCCGCCCACUGAACACUCACUUUAUGUCCCCCCCCUUGCUCCUCCCCCUCACUCCCCUGACUCCUCCCCUCUUCUCACCCCUCCACUCUUCUUCGCUCCUCUUUCUCUACAGAAACCAAACCCGGACAGAUGAACAGACUCUUUCAGCGUUCCCUUGAAAACGCACUCCAAGCAUCUGUUAAAGCAAUAGAUGGAGGUGAUAGACUGCAAUGUUUGUUUGUUUUCAGCAGUGCAGAGGGCAGCAUUGCCCCACAGGGAGAACGGGGAUAAAGUAUAAACAUAGAAGUAGGCUUAAGGAAAGGGUAUAGAUCAUUUCUUUAAAAAAAAAAAAAACGCUGUGUGUCCGUUUUUGGGGCUUACGUCAAAAACGUUAGUAGUCGGUGUCCGUAAAUCAUCCUCUGGGUUUAUUGUGUAAUACUGAAAGCAUAAGUGUCACUUCCCUAAAUCUGGUCUGCUGAUAUUUUUCUUAUUCUCAACAAAUCCCAUUUAAAAGAAAGACUCAAACCAACAACGAAAUUAUCCACUUACACCAAUUGUGUGUAUCAAAAUCCUGAUGUAUCUUCUUCCUUUCUUCCAUGGAGCUCCACUUUUGUCCAAAAACUAUUAAAAACACACUAAUAAGCCA